AUGCACGUGGAGUACCGGCAGAUCACGGUGGAGUACAUCAAUGAUGAGGGCAGGCGGCUUUGGGAUCCAAUCGUGAUCCCCCGCGUGGACGUCGUUCAGGAGCGCAUCCUGAAAAGUCUACGCGAGGCAGCCGUAGCUGUAAACACAGCAUCCAUGCGGGAUCAGAUCAAGAAGGCGAAGGAACAUGGCGUUGACGACAGCUACAUCAAUGCGGCUGCGCUGGCUGGUGUCAAGGCCUUCGAAGCCCAAGGAGGCAUGGCCUGGGUCCAUAUGAAGCCAGCACGCAUGACGAGUGGAGAAACCACUUUUUCCGGUGUACUGUCAUCUUGGAGCUUGGAGGAUAGUCUACCGCAGGAAUGGACUUCACUCGUUUACCCACGUGAUGCAGGAGCUUGCUGUGGCAACUUGCAGCUCCCAGCAGCAAGCUCAGACACCAAGCUUACAGUUCUAUGCUAUCCCAGUCCAAGCUGUACCCCAGUGCAAAUGGCCGCGAAGGUUUCACAAGCAGGUGCGGCCGCCAUGCUGCUCGCCUCGCCACAAAAAGACCUGGAGCCUCUGCAGGCUGACGAAGGCAGCAACCUCACAGCAAAGGACUUGAGCAUGCCGGUGCUUUCAAUACCGUCGCUGCCUAUGAAAGACCUGGCAUCAUGGCUGUCUAACCCGGCGGAGAAAAUUGGUAUCCAGCUCUCCGGAGGGCAGAAUGCUUACCAGGCUGCCCUGGACGGUGCCAGGGACGCUGGAGUUCCCAAGGAGGUGAUCGAGGCCGCCGUGAGGGAAGCCCAGCAACGCCGAGCCGAGGAAAAGCUCCAGGCCGUCAUGAGAAGCAACGAUGUCGACAAGAUCCAAGAAGCCUUGGACCUGGCCUCGGAGUUUGGAGCUGAGAGCGACCUCAUUGAGCAGGCAAAGCGCAAGCUGACGGUGCUGAGGCUCCAGGCAGAGCUGCAAGACAUUCCCACGAAUUGCCACGAGUUUAUGCACGUGCAUGAGCUCAUCCAGAAUGCGAAGGCGCUGACCCUGGGCAACACUUCUGAAGCUGAGAUAUGCCGCAUGGAUCUCGCCAUGCGGGCGCUACGCGAUGCCUUGGACCUGGGCUCUGGCUGCCAGGCACCGUUGACAGUAGCAGUGGCUUGGUGUGAGCUUGCAGAAGUACUCCCUGGUGCGAUUACUGCGGCUCAGGAGGACUGUGCAAAGCAGGUGGCCGCUGCUUCGAAGCGUGCUUUCAUUGUGGCUGCCGCAGUGGGAGUUGUCGUGCUUGGAGCAGGUUUGUGCUUCUUCAUGAGGCGAAAGGGUCCAGAGGCGCCAGCUUCACAAGGCCCUGGAGGCAUUGAACUGUUGGAAGCCAAUGAUGCUUCCUGA